AUGAAAGACUUCAUGAUGAAUUCAGAUUUUCAUGAUAUUGGUAGUGUUGGGCCAAGAUUUACUUGGUGUAACAACAAAGAGGGUACCUCUCGGAUUUGGGAGAGAUUGGACAGAUGUAUAGUGAAUUCGGCGGCUAUUCAGAAGCUUCCUUUAGUAGUUAACAGACAUCUGGCUAGGAUGGCGUCUGACCAUUGUCCUAUUGCUAUUAAGAUGGAAGAAGGGAUGCGGUUUAAGUCGAAGACCAUUAAGUUUGAAGAUACGUGGAGAUCCUAUCCUGCAGCUAAGAGCAUUGUUUAUCAUUCUUGGAAAAAGAAUGAUUUUGGUGAUGAUUAUACGGUUCUACAAAGGAAGCUUAGUCGUACAUUGAAAGCUUUAUUUUUUUGGAGCAAAAACAAAUGCAAAGACUUGAAUGUGUUGAAGGAGAAAUUGAAGAAGGAAAUCCUUGAUUUGCAAAAUAAGGAAGCAUUGGGUAUUAAUUGGUCUGCUGAAGACCUUUUCGAACUUAGAAGCAAAGUACAUGAAUUCAAUGUUACUUUGAGAAGACUUUCUACUUGGUGGAACCGAAGAGCUAAGGCUAGGUGGCAUGAGGAAGGUGAUACAAAUUCCAAGCUUUUCCAUAGCUUUGCCAUGGCUAGAAGGAAUGGGAAUCGUAUUUUUUAA